GUUCACUACAUUUCAUGCAUUUUGAUUGGCCACUGCGCCUACGUGAAUUAGCAAAGGUGAAAACCUGGAGAAAACGUACACAGUGCGUCAUCUAAGAGUGGCCAUUUUUUAUUAUUGCACGUCUACCGAUUAAUCAUGGCGGCGUCGGGCCAGAAGGUGAGCCUGCUUCUGAGGGGUUGGAAUGAAAUUCCCGAAAUUGUUGCAUCGUCGUUUAUUGCAGUACUUGGACUAGGUUUCGGGUUUGCAGGACUGUAUGCCUACAAUAAGAACGAUGGUAGCAAACGAAAAUACAAGUUUCACUACACUGUCUACAGACCCGAUGAUCCACGAGUUGCGAAUAUAAAAACACAUUGUGGAUUGGAUGAUUGAAAUGUGAAGUAUCCGAUAACUGGUAUUGCUUUAGCAACUCAGUAACUGUAUAAUAUCUUGUAGCAAUUCACUUGAAAUAUAUGUAAUUUACUUGUACCUCAAA